AUGAGUGUGUUUGAUUUGCUUUCCAUACUUUCUGGGCUAAGUCUGAUUUUUAUGUUUAUUUUAAAUAUUAAACCUACUCUGACAAAGAAUUUCAAGAGACAUUCUCCUCCAGGACCAAGGCCUUUGCCAGUCAUUGGAAACCUGCACAUACUCAAUCUGAAGAGACCCUACCAAACCAUGCUAAAGCUCUCCCAGAAAUACGGCUCCAUCUUCAGCUUUAAUAUGGGCCCCAAGAAGGUGGUGGUGCUGUGCGGAUAUGAGACAGUGAAGGAUGCCCUAGUGACCUACUCUGAGCAGUUUGGAGAGAGGGCUCAUGUGCCUAUUUUUGAAAAAAUAUUUGAAGGAAAAGGAAUUGUCUUUUCUCAUGGUGAAAACUGGAAAAUUAUUAGGAGAUUCAGCUUGACAACUCUGAGGAACUUUGGCAUGGGCAAGAGGGCCAUAGAAGAGAGGAUUGUGGAAGAAUGUCAACAUCUAAUACAAGUCUUUGAGUCCCAUCAAGGAAAGCCCUUUGAGACCAAUACAAUAAUGAAUGCCUCUGUCGCCAACAUCAUUGUGUCGAUAUUGUUUGGGAAUAGGUUUAACUACCAAGAUCCUCAAUUCCUGAGACUUUUGCAUUUGAUUGGUGAAAAUGUGAGACUUGCAGGAGGUCCUAGCAUUAUGCUUUUCAAUAUGUUCCCAGUCUUGGGGUUCCUUCUACAAGAUCACAAAACAGUACUCAAGAAUAGAGAUGAAUUAUUUUCUUUUAUAAGGAUGACUUUCUUAAACCACCUUCAAAAACUGGAUAAAAACGACCAAAGAAGUUUCAUUGAUGCCUUUCUUAUCAGACAACAGGAGGAAAAAGACAAGCCUGGUGACUACUUCAACAAUGACAACUUGGUGGCCCUUGUUACUAACCUGUUUACUGCUGGAACAGAGACUACUGCCUCCACCCUACGUUGGGGAAUUCUGCUUAUGAUGAAGUAUCCCGAGAUCCAGAAAAAGGUCCACAAUGAGAUCGCCAAAGUUGUAGGAUCAGCCCAGCCUCGUAUUGAGCAUCGAACUCAAAUGCCAUAUACAGAUGCUGUCAUCCAUGAAAUUCAGAGGUUUGCUAACAUUCUGCCAAUGAGUGUAUCCCGGGAAACUACCAAAGAUGUCAUCUUUAAAAACUAUUAUAUUCCAAAGGGAACCGAGACUAUCAUCUUGUUAACCUCAGUACUUCAAGACCAAACCCAGUGGGAAAAACCUUACAGUUUCAACCCCCAGCAUUUUCUCACUGUGGAAGGAAAAUUUGUCAAGAGAGAUGCAUUCCUGCCCUUUUCAGCAGGGUGGAGGAUGUGUGCAGGAGAGUCCCUGGCCAAAAUGGAGUUGUUCCUGUUUUUUACCAGCCUCCUUCAAAAAUUCAUCUUCCACCCACCUCCUGGAGUCUCUAACAUGGAUCUGGAUCUCACACCAGACAUUGGAUUCACCUUACGACCAAUGCCCCACAAGAUCUGCGCUCUGCCAUAUUCCUAGGGGCCUUUCUUGGGUUCCUUCACCUGACUUCUAUAUUUCUUUUCUUCUUUUUCUUCUUCUUCUUCC